GUUUUUAAUGCGCAUGCGCAGAGUUUUAUGUGCUACUGUUUUGCUUUAAAUAGGGCGGACUUUGUUGAAGAGAGCCAUCUGGUGUGAUCGUGUCAGAGAGAAAGCCAUCUGGUGUGAUCGUGUCAGAGAGAGCCAUCUUGUGUGAUCGUGUCAGAGAGAGACUAUUCCUGCACUUGGAGAAUGUUUCCCAGCCGCAUGUGUAUGGUCGGAUGCUUUGUGCCAGUUCUGCUUGGAGCUUUGCAAGUUGACGGGAAAAGCAGAUCCGAGCAACAUAAUUUGGUAGAGAGGGCAGGUAAGUCUGAUGUCUAUAAGUAAUAUUAUGUUCAUGAGUUAACUUUCCAUUUAACUUUUAUUUUAGCUUGGCUUUACUUACAGUGGGCCACAUCUCAUAGCACCAAGAUUUUUUGUUUGUUAAUAAUUUGUUUGAUAACUUUUUUACCAUUGAAACAAAAAUGCUGUAGAUCUAUGCAUUCUUAUUCUGUUGUAUAUAAUUUUUUUUUUCUUUUACGUUUCUGAUCGACCUCUAGGCUCGGACUGGUGGCGUGUCAUCUUGAAAAUUCCCAAUGUUGAUGCGAUCAUUGCAGAAAUCGCUAAUCUACCCAGUCAUGUCGCUAAAGGACUAAAAUCGCUUUGUGAGAACAGCGGCAGUGUUUGUCAGACAGUCACGAACGUUAUGUACAAAUUUAAAUCUUUCCCAGGGGAAAUCAUAAGUAAAAUUACCAGCAUAUGCAGUCACGACCUGACCACCUGCACGAUGUUGGCGUCAAAGGCCACUCCGUUAGCAUCAGUCCCACUUUCGAUCCUUUCCAACGUGCUGGAAUUGUGCGAUGGCUCACCGCAAACAUGCGUUGACCAAAUAACACGUCUCAUCAUGCAGCAAGACGUGCCCCUUGCAUCAGUGGCCCCUGCACCAGUGCCCCCUGCAUCAGUGCCCUCUGCAUCAGUGCCUCCUGCAUCAGGUCAAGCACCUCGCCCCCACGUGCAGCCAACACGUGCCGUCUCAUCCGAGGGAGGGAACACCACAGUGAAACCCCUGGAGUCGGAAGGGGACUCCAAGCCGCCGCCUCAUUACGUCCCGACGACAGGUCCACACAAGAAGGACGCGAACUUCAGUCACAGCCCCAAUGGGGCGAGUCCAACCAGACGUCAACGUUUCCCACAUGCUGUCCUCAUGGCGUGUGUCAUCCUCCUGGGCUAUUUCAUAUUUCAGUGAUCGUCCUGUUCUAUGUGUCAGAGUGCGGACUUCUCGCUUUUCAUUUAUACAACUAUUGUUUUUAUGGUUAAAUUCAACUGUCUAUAGUCACAUUUUUUUUUAAAAUAUACAUUUUUAAUUGCUCUAUUUUAAAGAUGCAGGGAACAAAAUGGGAGGAGGGGGUGGGGGAGAGACUAAAAUGAAUUUUGUAACAAACAUAAAUAAAG